UGACUUACUCCCAUCUCUGGAAGGACCAGGUUAUUCCAUCAAUGGAGUUUUUCUUCCCUGAUGGCACGGGCAUGUUCCAAGAUGACAAUACCAGGAUCCAUCGGGCUCAAACUGUGAAAGAGUGGUUCAGGGAGCAUGAGACAUAAUUUCACACAUGGAUCGGCCCCCACAGAGUCCAGACCUGAACCCGAUUGAGAAUCUUUGGGAUGUGCUGGAGAAGACUUUGCGCAGUGGUCCGAAUCUCCCGUCAUCAAUACAAGAUCUUGGCGAAAAAUUAAUGCAAGACAGAAAUAAAUGUUGUGACAUUGCAGAAGCUUGUGGAAACGAUGCCACAGCGAAUGCGUGCCAUAAUCAAAGCUAAAGGCGGUCCAACGAAUAUUAGAGAGUGACCUUUUUUUGUAUAUAUAUUUAUUGUAGGAAACAUUUCUUUCGAAGCAGUACUAAGUCUCGUGAGCAAGUGAUAUUCAUUGGACCAUAUACAUAUAUAUAUAUAUAUUAGUGGUGGGCCGUUAUCGGCGUUAACGUGCUGCGUUAACGUGAGACUCUUGUCGGCGAUAAAAAAAAAUAUCGCCGUUAAUCUAUUCUCAAAGUUGGGUUGGGAGCUGGGUCUAUACUACGCAAGCUAUGAUGACUUUCACCUUGAUAAUUUAGCGCGGAUGUAUACCUAGCCGAAUUGCACUGUAGGGGGCGAGAUCGAGUCUUUGACCUGUGUUUCUUCUGUCUGUGGAUCUGACCCCGGUCAAAUCAGCCACAUUAAACGUGACAUGCUAACAUGGAUACAGCAGGUAUGAAGCCGCCGGGUUUGCUUCAGGGGAAAUUUAUUUUUAAGAAGCUUCCCGAUGGAAACCUCGACAAAAAUAAGGUUGUUUGCACCUUGUGCAAUGCGGAAUUAGUUUACUGCAGGAGUUCAUCCAGUCUCAAGUACCACCUAAACGCAAAGCAUCCCUCAGCUAAUGCGGAAGAUGCCGGGCCAAGCACUGAUGUAGCGCGGGGGAAGACUCGUCGUCAAACAACUAUGUUUGAGUGCAACCGAGGCAAGCCCGUCAGCACAGCUCUAUCAGCCAAGCUAACUAGUCUCCUCGCUCAGUGGAUUGCCACCAGCUGCAGGCCGAUUAGCGUGGUUGAAGAUGACGGGCUCGAGCUUGUUCUCCAGGCGGCCACAGGUGACCCAUCUUACAAACUACCUGCGAGGCGAACUAUCAUGAGGAGAAUACAUGACCAGCACGCAGAAGAGAAAGCUACGAAAGUUGAGAAGAUGGUAGAGGCGAGGUCUGUAGCACUGACUGGGGACCAUUGGACGUCCGUUAACAACGACAACUACCUCGGCGUUACAGUACACCUCAUCGAUGCUAGCUGGGAACUUCACUCCUUCGCUUUAGGUGUGAUGAAAACAGAGGAGCGUCACUUUGCAGAAGCGUGUGCAAGGCAGUUCCUCGACGUCGCUAAUCAGUGGGGGAUAACUGACAAAAUAAGCACUAUUGGAACAGAUAGCGCUCCUAAUAUGGUGGCAGCAGGGAGGAUACUGCCAUUCGAGCACUUGCCCUGUGUUGCGCAUGUUGUACAGAGAGCUAUUGUAAUGUCACUUCGGGAAGGUGGUUUUGAUGGUGCACUGGCCAAGUGCCGUAAAGUGGUCGGACAUUUCAAACACAGUCCGGCCAACUCAGACGAGCUAAAUGUCCAACAAUCCUCCCUUGGACAAGUUAAGGAGUCACUCGUGCAAGAUGUUCCAACGCGUUGGAAUUCCACUCUCGAGAUGAUAAAGCGCGUGAGGCGCAACAGAGACGCACUGCACACAACGCUGUCUCUGCAGAAGCACAACCUGGCCCUCCCAACAAAUGCGGAUUAUGAGAAGUUGGCAAAGCUAGAGAAACUGCUGGAGCCAUGCAGGUACAUCAAUGAGCUCCUUGGUGGAGAUAAGUAUGUAUCCUGCUCUGUGGUUCUACCUGCCCUGUGCCACCUCCAGCACGCGAUGAACAUCUCAGAUGAUGAUCCUGCCUAUAUUGUGCGAUUCAAGGCUGCCUUCAUCAAGGACCUCAACCAGCGGAGGAAGAAAAUAAACCUGGAAUGGCUUAAGGUGGCGACUGCUCUAGAUCCACGAUUUAAGGACCUCAAGUGCUUGCCCAGAGCAGAGAGGGAGCCAGUGUGGGCAAAGCUAAGUGCGUUGAUGAAGGGAGAAGAACCUGCUGUGCAGCCACUCAGGGAGGAGAACCCUGAGCCACCCAAGAAGAAAACAGCCCUGCUACUGAUGGGAUCCGACUCAGAAUCAGAUGAGGAGACACCAGAAGACAGUACAGUGGAGAGGUACAAGGUAGAGCCCAGUGCCAGUCUAGAUCAGUGUCCACUGAAAUGGUGGUCGGAGCACACUGCUGUCUAUGGUAAGAUGGCCCAAAUUGCCCGUAAAUACUUGGGGACCCCUGCCACAACUGUCCCAUGCGAGAGACUUUUUUCUUUAGCAGGCCAUAUUGUGCAGAAGAGGAGAGCUUGUUUGUCACCAGAAAAUGUGAACAAACUGGUCUGCCUGAGUGACUGGUGGAAGAAGGAGAAAUAGAGCUUUGACUGACACAAAGCUACUGACUGUAAACAGUUCAUUACAACCUGUUAUAUAGGCCUACUGUUCAACUAAAAAUAAACAGUUAAUAAACACAA